AUGCUACUCAGUCUGCGCACCAGCAGUGGAUUUGAGCAGAUAACUGUGAGACCGUCCAUGUACAGGGAGGCUUUGACCAGCACGCCACCGCUGCCGGGGAUUGUCACUCCUCCCGUGCUCAAGUCCUUCCUGAUGGACUCAGUAAAAGAUCGAGAGCCUUUAGUUUUGUCUUUUCAAUCCAAGUGUGAGCUUUCAUCUGCAUUCCUUGAAAUGGAUGCAUCAUAUAUCGAGGCUAUUGAGGACAAGAUUAGGAACAAAGUUUUAUCUGUAAGGAUUCGUAUUUCGGAGUAUUUUGGAGAUUAUGACAAAUUACAUACUGAUUAUAUCACAAAAUCGCAGUUCCUACGAUGCUUGGACCAAACUGUGGGGAUUCAUCUCAGCCCAGAGGAGAUUAAUGCCCUACUCAAUAAAUAUGAUUUAAAGUGUGAUGGGACUGUCAACUACAGUCACUUCGUUGAUGUCAUUGAAAAACGUUUCGAUCCCAAUAAUUUGAGGAAAGACCCAAGUCUACAGGUAGUGGAAGCUCCAGCAUUCCUUGGAGAGGUCAACCCUGAAAAUGACUCAGACUCCAUGAAGUGCAUUGAGACCCUCAUGAAGCAGCUGUGUACCUAUUAUAAAUACCAUGGGAUCGAAAUAUUGCCACCAUUCCAUGACUCAGACAAGCAAAACAUUGGGACGGUGACAGAUAGUCAGGUGAGACGAAUGGAUAGAGACUUUUAUAAGUCAGAACUUCCAGCCAAGUAUUGGUUUGAAGCAUGUCUACAUGCCAAGACUGCAUUAAUAGCAGUGGCUCUGUGGUACUGGAUUGUCAUGCCAACAUUUACAUUAAUCCCAUGUGAACAUAUAUACUCAGGGGGCGAUGCAGUGGACGAGGAAGGCAUAGAUGCAGUUGCUCCGGCUGCCGCGAUGGGUCCAGCGUUUCGCCGUGCUAUAAUACGUCCUGUUGGUCUGACGGAUGAGAUGGUGUCAGUAAUUGCCUCUCACUAUGUAGUCCCAGGGAAGCCUGGCUUCAUCAACUACCUUAACUUUUACAAUGACAUUCUCGCCGGGAUCAAGGCCAUGGAGACAGAUCACCCCAUUAGGCCACCAAUUCCCUAUGGCUACUGGCCACCUGAGAUACCCAAACUGCCUUGGAUUCUUGAGGUGUUUGACAAAAUCCGAAGAACCGUUUUCCUGAAGGGUAUUCGGACUUCAGAGUUCUUCAAAGAUUAUGACAAACUGAGGACUGGGCUUAUCACAGAGAGCCAGUUUAGGCGAGGUUUGUACCUGACUUGUGGAAAGGAAGGCACCUUAACAGAGCAAGACAUCCAGACACUCCUCAAAUGCUUUGGCACAGGAGAUGGCAAAGUUCGCUAUCGUGAUUUCUGUGAUGUGAUGGAACACGCAUAUAAUGUCCCUCACCUGGAAAAAUAUCCCACGGCGGAUGUGUGCAGGCCACCAAGAGGAACUCUGUUCCAGCUUGGGGCAGAGCUAACAGAUUUAGAAGAGAAACGUGUGAACACAGUGCUCAGAGAGUUUGCCCAGCAAGUGGAGAUGAGGCAAUUUUUGGUGAAUCCAUUCUUCAAAGAUUUUGAUGAGAAAGUUGCGUACAGGAGACUCCUGACUAAGUCCCAGUUUGAGAGGGGAUUGGAUUACCUGGGGUUCACCGUGCUGCCAAUGGACUUCAAGCUGCUCUGCAAGAAAUUUGAGGAUCCAGUGACUGGAGAAAUAAACUAUGUGGCGUUUAGCCAGGCUAUUGAUAAAGAAUACACCGGUUUUAAAGUGGAUUCCUUUGAGCCUGAAACACCGGCAGAAGAGUCAACGCCUACCCUGGAACACCAACGACUUGGGUUCACUCCGCAGCCGAAGACAGGCUCCAGCAAUGUGGACGUGGGUGAACUGCUUGCUCGAAUGCGCCACCAUGUUCUAGUCAACAGAGUCAGGACUGUUGAUUUCAUUGAGGACUUUGACACUUUGCGCAGUGGACGAAUCACCAUCCCAGUCUUCAGGAGGACUCUGAGUAUAAUUGGAUUCGACCCUGAACUAAAUGAUGCCGAAUUCAGAGCUUUGGUGGAAUGUUAUGAAGACCCCAAGAUGCCCGGCUAUGUCACCUGGACUAACUUCACCAAGAACAUCGACUCAGUGUUCACCCUCCCUGAGUUGGAGAAGAGACCCAAUGUAAAGGUCCCACCAUUAGAGACUUACCAGUUGCCGAAGGUUGGCACUGUGGAUGCAGACAUCUUAAGCCCCACAGAGCGGGCUCAAUUCGAGUCAUUGAUGUGUCAUUUGAGGGAUCGGAUUAUCCACCGGCAUCUCGAGACAUAUCCAGUGUUUCAAGAUUUUGACAAACAUAACAAUAAGCAUGUGUUGCGGGCCCAGUUCCGCCGGUGCCUUUCUCAGCUCAACCUGCCAGCGACCGAGGAAGAGAUGGAUCUCCUGGACAAAGUGUUCUCUGAUGAACUGGGCUUCAACUACAUCAGGUUCCUGGAGCAGGUGGAUCCCCAGGAGAAGCCUGAGAAGAUGUACAACAAACUAAUGAAUGAAAUUCACCUGCUGAAUAAGUCAAGGAAAAGCUUUGAACAGCGGGCUUCAUCUGACAUCAACUGCAUCUUAGAAAAGAUUAAAACCAAGAUGUACAGAAAGCCGAUUAAGAUAGGCGACCAUAUGAAGGACUUUGACAAACUGAAUAGCAGGCGUAUUCUAAAGAGUAACUUCAGGAGGGCGCUUGACUUGGAUGGGUUUGAGUUACAACCUUCGGAGAUGGCAAUUCUUGAGAAAGCGUAUGAAUCGUGUGAGAAACCAGAUUACGUUGAUUAUAAACGAUUCAUCGCAGAAAUUGAAUCCAUAUUUACACUUGAGCAUCUUGAGAAGUUUCCUCGAGCAGAGAGUAAGGAAAAUAACAAAAUUGACGAAGAGGUAUUAAAUUGUACAUGCGUCACUGUCCAUGGAGUAACUAAUAAGAUUGGUGAACUGCGGGAGCAAGUUGUCACAUGGGGUUAUGAAGUAGUUGCAUUAACAGAGAUUACUCAAAGUCAGGAAUGGGUUCCUAAUAUUCCUGGUUACCGAGUAUUUGGGAACGAUGGAGAAGGAGAAAAAAGGAUGGAUGAUGGCCGGAAUUUUGAGGAGGUGAUGGGGGAAAGAUGGCGAGACCCCUGUGUCGCCUCUUUUCAGGAAGGCCCGCCGUAUCUUGUGCCGCUCAGGCACUUAACAGGCCAGCGGUGGGCCAUCCCCUGGGAUCAAGGACCCUGGGAAGUGAAAGUCCUGCCCACCGAGGGCUACUGGCCAAUCAGAGGUUGGCAGCUCUUCUGUGAGCAACAGCCCCACUAUGGAGGUGGUGGUUAA